GUCAACAUGUUUAGACGCGGUGUUUUUGGUGUUUAGAUAGACCCGUUUUUAUCGUGUAGAGAAAAGUGGUUAACUAUUGGAUUUGUAUUCAAUUAACUUAAAAUGUGUCGUUGUAUUAUUGCUGGUGUGGUUUGUCUUGUCUAAAUGUAAGAAUUCAAGUGGUUUUCGUUUUGAUUUGUUUUAAAAAUGUUCCAUACGAACAAUGUUUAAUGUAAGAUAGGCACAGUCCUAACAGAUAAUUUUCGUUCGUUCUUUUUGAGUGGAACCAAAGGACCAAUUUAAAUUAAAAUUAAAUUCAUUUGUGUGAUAAAAGUCUUUCCUUUGUUGUGCUAAUUAGCUUUGCGCGGACCUUUGGUCAAAAAAGUGUAAGAGAAAAAAAAACUGUGACGAACAGUGACCCAACAAACAAAGCCAAAAGAAUUUAAAAAAAAAAUAUUUCGCAAAAUAUUAAUGUGCUGCAAUAAUGAGGAGAUUAUUAAUAUUUUCUUCGAAAUGAACAACAGGCAAUCAAUAUCAGUUAUUGGAUAAUAAAUUUAAUGAAGGUUCUGGUUCAUUAUAGUUUAUUCAUCUUAUUGAUUCAAGAAAAAGACGGAAUUCUAGGAUAUGACAACAACUAAAUGUUCCAGAAAAAAUGCAGAAACAAGAAAAAAGACGCGAAACGCGUCUAAAGAGAUUCUGGAAAUCACCGAAAACAACAUCAUCAGAAGAUUCAGCUGGAUGCGACAGUCCUACCAAACACAGAACCCGACCACAUUUGCAGGAGAGCCCAGUUUUUAGUAAACCAACAUGUUCACUACCCCUGCUUCAAGUGUGGCCUAGCCAGGACUCACCCAGAGGCGAAGCAGAUGGUCAAAGCUUUAUUUUCCCAAUACUACCGGACGAUCAUCGUAAUGACAUAACUGUUGAUAGACGAAACUCAUUGUACAUAGACCCACAACAGACCGGAGAUUCUGGCAUCGAUUCGAUACAAGCCUCACCAUCUCCGAAUGCAUUCGUAUCGAUAGCGGGUGUUUCAUCUGGAAUAAAUAUAUCUCCAUGUGCUUCACCUCCCAAUGAAUCACCAACACCCUCCCUCACAAAGCCACGACGUCUUUCAAGUGCCCUGUUACAUCCAGAUCACGCGAGAUUGUUAGCACUACGCCAACAACAAGUAUCGCCGGAUCAGACGUCCAUUGAAGAUACAACCGAAUUUAAUGGAAGUGGCGCAUGUGGUAUUCAAAUUUGCACGGCAAGUUCAAGUACGACCUCGUCAUUGACAUCGAUAGCUGCUGCAAGUAUAACUCAGCAAAGACUAUCGGAUCCUUGGCUUCAAACCGAUCGAAUAGACAAUAAUAAUCGUCGCAGAUCGUCAACGAUGACCGCUCGAUAUUCAUUGUUCGAUGCACUAGAUCUAGAAUACGCACUGCUACGGGCGGCUGCUCGUGGAUCGGUCGGACCAUAUUCGUUAAGUGAAUCGUUACACAAGCUCACCUUCACGCAAUCAUUGGCCUUUCCAGCAUUAGCACGUGGACUAGCCACUAAGCGUAGACGUUCAGCCGACCAGAGCACGUCCCGUCCGUUGAAUCCAAACGAAUCGGGUUUUAAUACAUUUGCUAAAGUGAUAACCGCCAUCGUUCUAGUGAUGGUUAGUUUUUUGGUAUUUCUUGUGAUUUAUAAAUUUGUGAGAACAUGAGGAUUGCUCCUGGGCUCCGCAGAUGUACAGGAUGUGGUGCCGACCGGACCCACUUAUCCCAUCAAUCGUACACUGUCGGGGUUCAGGAAUUACUUUGAAACGACUAGUUAGAAUUGGAUGUAGUUGUAACACAAUGAAGAAAUUUUCAUUGUUAACAUGAAAUGAAUUGUGAUGAAUUUUUUGUCCGUUUCAACUGGUUCGUUGUUGCUGUAAACUCCAUAUGUUUACCAUUGUGUUGAAGUUGAAUUACCACGUAAUUCCAUAGUCAAUUUAAUUGAAAAUGUAGAAUACAUGCCGUGUUCAGUGGCUGGUUGAAGUAUUAUAUGAAUUUGCAGUCUCUCAACAAUUUAGAUGAUGUCUUUUGCACGGAUAAAUUACUUUGACGAAUUUUGAUUUUACGUUUUACUUGUUAUCUUCGAUAGACUUUUAACUUUACUUUUUUUAGGACACUGGCGAUUUUGAUAUGUAAUAAUGGCUGGCAUAGUUAAAUAGUUAAAUUGCCUCAAUUGUUAGCUGAAAUUUUACCAAUCUUGCAUACUCACCCCAAUCUUCUUUCUGAAAUUUUUUAAAAUUGAAACAUGAAAGUGACUGUUUUUUAUAUUAAUAAUAUGUAGAAGCUCGGAACAGGUAAGGUCACCUGAACCCUGCUGACAACUUGAAACAUGAGUUGAUCUGAAGCUGCAUCUCUAUCCGUGACCAGACCUGAAUUCCCAUGGAAACUCAUCUGUCCUGAAAUAAAAUAAUCUAAUUACUUGAUCAGUCUGUCAGAUUACCUGAUUCUUUAGGAAAUUGCUUUUUUUACAUUGGAAAAAUUUGAGCUCAGGUCAGGUUCGAUCGGUCAUUUGAAAAACACAAAUUGACCUGAGCUAAACUAUUCAGGUUAUAAUCAUCUGUUAUCGACAGCGACAGCAAAAGUAAGCGAUGAAGGUAAUCUUCAAAGAUCCUCAUCAACGUGUUGAAAAAUGGUCAUAAGAACCCGAUAAUUAUACAGUUAUGUAGCGAUAUGCUUGCCACCUGUCAAAGUUAAUUUCUCCACUAAUUUUUGUCGACACUAGCCAUUGUUUAAAAUCAACACAUGUAAAACCAAGUAAUACGUUAAGAUACGGAAAUGUUCUUCGUCUUGUAGAAAUAUAAACUGUCCUGUCUACUGAAAUCUUUAAUGUCUUGAUUUGGUUCGGUUUCGCCUCGGAUCGGUAAUCUUUACUCAAAAAAUACUAUUUCCAUCAUUACCAAUACCAUCACCACUGAUAAUAAAUGUCCUAUGUCCUAUAAUUACUCCAUCUCAAUUCGAGACACCAUUUUACAGUUCUUGUAGCAUUACAAUAGAUUACAUACGUCCUGUUUGGAUUUUUUUUAGUGUGGCCAACUACGCAAUUCAAAAUACAAAGUUCCAAACAAUUACGAUAAAUAUAAUACAAACUUAUCCGGAUAAUAGUCAUAUGCACUCGUUUGAAUCUGAGCGCUUAUACGUACCUAGAAAGGGCUUUGACCCUAGAAGCCAAAACCACUUUCAAAAAAAUUCUUCGAAGCUAGUCUUCGGUUGAAAACUAAAACUGCACAUAUUUUAGUGUGGAUGACUUUUAAACCCAAGUCGCUAUUUGGCUACUGUGAUUACCUUUCUAAUGACUCCUCACACGACCCUGGACGGCUCGCGUAACUGGAGAAAUGUUUGUAAGAAAAGUGCAAGUUUUCAUUUUUUGAUCAUCUUUCACCAGCCACACAAACUUCGAAGAAUUUUUUUGAAAGUGGUUUUGGCUUCU